AUGUCUCGGCGAAAGCAGCGGAAACCCCAACAGUUAAUCUCGGACUGCGAAGGUCCCAGCGCGUCUGAGAACGGUGAUGCUAGCGAGGAGGACCACCCCCAAGUCUGUGCCAAGUGCUGCGCACAAUUCACUGACUCAACCGAAUUCCUCGCCCACCAGAAUGCAUGUUCUACUGACCCCCCUGUAAUGGUGAUAAUUGGGGGCCAGGAGAACCCCAACAACUCUUCGACCUCUUCUGAAUCCCGGGCGGAGGGCCAAAAUAGUUCCCAGGUCAUGGAGGCAGAGCACAGCGACCCUCCGGAUUCUGGGUCUUCAGUGCCCACAGAUCCCUCCUGGGGCCCAGAGCGGAGAGUAGAGGAGUCUGCGGGGCACUUCCUGGUCGCUGCCACAGGUACAGCAGCUGGGGGAGGCGGGGGCCUGAUCUUGGCGAGUCCCAAGCUGGGCGCAACCCCAUUACCUCCAGAAUCUGCCCCUGCACCCCCCCCUCCUCCUCCUCCACCUCCACCCCCAGGGGUAGGCAGCGGCCACUUGAACAUCCCUCUGAUCUUGGAAGAGCUCCGGGUGCUGCAGCAGCGCCAGAUCCACCAGAUGCAGAUGACUGAGCAAAUCUGCCGCCAGGUGCUGCUGCUUGGCUCCUUAGGCCAGACAGUGGGAACCCCUGCCAGUCCCUCAGAGUUACCUGGGACGGGGACUGCGUCCUCCACCAAGCCCCUGCUUCCCCUCUUCAGCCCCAUCAAGCCCGUCCAAACCAGCAAGACGCUGGCACCUUCCUCCUCUUCUUCAUCCUCCUCGGGGGCAGAAACGCCCAAGCAGGCUUUCUUUCAUCUUUACCAUCCGCUGGGGUCACAGCACCCUUUUUCUGCCGGAGGGGUUGGGCGAAGCCACAAACCAACCCCUGCCCCCUCCCCAGCCCUGCCUGGCAGCACAGAUCAGCUGAUGGCCUCCCCUCAUCUGGCAUUCCCAGGCACCACGGGACUAUUGGCAGCACAGUGUCUUGGGGCAGCUCGAGGCCUUGAGGCUACUGCCUCCCCAGGGCUCCUGAAGCCAAAGAAUGGAAGUGGCGAGCUGGGCUACGGGGAAGUGAUGGGUCCCUUGGAGAAGCCCGGUGGACGGCACAAGUGCCGCUUCUGUGCCAAAGUAUUUGGCAGUGACAGUGCCCUGCAGAUCCAUCUGCGUUCCCACACAGGUGAGAGGCCCUAUAAGUGUAAUGUCUGUGGCAACCGCUUUACCACCCGCGGCAACCUCAAAGUGCAUUUUCACCGGCAUCGCGAGAAGUACCCGCACGUGCAGAUGAACCCUCACCCGGUGCCCGAGCACCUAGACUACGUCAUCACCAGCAGCGGCCUGCCCUACGGUAUGUCCGUGCCGCCAGAGAAGGCCGAGGAGGAGGUGGCCAUGCCCGGUGGAGGUGUGGAACGCAAGCCUCUGGUGGCCUCCACCACAGCACUUAGUGCCACGGAGAGCCUGACGCUGCUCUCCACCGGUGCAGGCACAGCCACGGCUCCUGCGCUGCCUGCUUUCAAUAAGUUUGUGCUCAUGAAAGCAGUAGAGCCAAAGAGUAAAGCUGAUGAAAACACCCCUCCGGGGAGUGAGGGCUCAGCCAUCACCGGGGUGGCAGAAAGUGGCACCGCAACCCGAAUGCAGCUGAGUAAGCUGGUGACUUCGCUUCCCAGCUGGGCACUGCUUACCAACCACUUUAAGUCCACAGGUAGCUUCCCCUUCCCCUAUGUGCUGGAGCCCUUGGGGGCCUCACCCUCCGAGACCUCAAAGCUGCAGCAACUGGUAGAAAAGAUUGACCGGCAAGGAGCUGUGGCAGUGGCCUCUACUGCCUCGGGAGCCCCCACCACCUCGGCGCCUGCAACCUCGUCCCCCGCCUCGUCGGGACCUAACCAGUGUGUCAUCUGCCUCCGGGUGCUGAGCUGUCCUCGCGCACUGCGCCUGCAUUAUGGCCAACAUGGAGGUGAGCGGCCCUUCAAAUGCAAAGUGUGUGGCAGAGCUUUCUCUACCCGGGGCAACCUGCGUGCACAUUUCGUGGGCCACAAGGCCAGCCCAGCCGCCCGGGCCCAGAACUCCUGCCCCAUCUGCCAGAAGAAGUUCACCAACGCUGUUACUCUGCAGCAGCAUGUUCGGAUGCACCUGGGGGGCCAGAUCCCCAAUGGUGGUACCACUCUCUCUGAAGGCGGGGGAGCUGCCCAGGAAAAUGGCGCUGAGCAACCCACAGUCUCGGGGCCGGGGAGCUUCCCCCAGCAGCCGUCCCAGCAGCCGUCCCCGGAAGAGGAGUUGUCUGAAGAGGAGGAGGAGGACGAGGAAGAGGAGGAAGAUGUGACUGAUGAAGAUUCCCUGGCAGGGAGAGGCUCAGAGAGUGGAGGCGAGAAGGCAAUAUCCGUGCGAGGUGACUCAGAAGAGGCCUCAGGGGCAGAGGAGGAAGUGGGGACCGUGGGGACCGCGGCGGCGGCGGCGGCGGCGGCGGCGGCCACCGCGGGGAAGGAGAUGGAAAGCAAUGAGAAAGUGAUUCAACAGCCUUCCCUGCUGCCGCCGCCGCCACCACCACCCGACAGCCUGGAUCAAACACAGCCCAUGGAGCAGGGAGGCGGUGAUGUUGCCGGAGGCAUGGAAGAGGGGGCCAGAGCGGAGAGGAGCUCGAGCCCAACGGCAGCACUCAGCCGGGAAGGGGAAGGCAGCGGCAGUGCCUCGGUGGAGCUGAGCAUGCAGGAGGCCAUGAGAAAGGAGCCGGGCGAGAGCAGUAGCAGAAAGGCCUGCGAGGUGUGUGGUCAGACCUUUGUCACGCAGGCAGCCCUGGAGGAGCAUCAGAAGACCCACCCCAAGGAGGGGCCGCUCUUCACUUGUGUUUUCUGCAGGCAGAGCUUUCUCGAGCGGGCUAUCCUCAAGAAGCAUAUGCUGCUGGCUCACCACCAGGUACAACCCUUUGCCCCCCACGGCCCUCAGAAUAUUGCUGCUCUUUCCUUGGUCCCAGGCUGCUCACCUUCCAUCACUUCCCCGGGGCUCUCCCCCUUUCCCCGAAAAGAUGACCCCACGAUCCCAUGA